CUUGUUGUUGUAUGUCGCAGGUUUUUUUUUUAAUUUCUCUUAUAAUAAUAAUAAUUAUUAUUAUUAUUAAUUUAAAAUAAAAUUUCUGUCAACGUCAACGGAUACUGUAUUUUUAAAUAUAAUUAUAUUCAACAACUGAUAUUUUUGUUGAUACUGGUAAUGUGGAAGAACCGACACGAGUAUACGUAAAAGUAAACUGUUAAUUAAUAAUAAUAUUUAAAAUUUUUCGUAUCUACCUAUAGCAGUACAUACAGUGUAGAGUAUAGUAUAGUAGUUAUUGGGUUGUAUUGGAUCAAGAGUGGAGCAAGUAACACACACACACAUACACUCUGACAGAGUCCGACACCCAUGUCAUUUGUUUGAGAAAAUAUACAUAUACAUAUUAUACAUAUAAUUUCGAAUCGAAGUAAUCGUGUCAGAGGCAAAGCCAACCAAAGCCAGAGUUGGUCACUUCGUCUUGAGCCUUGUACGUGAGAGUUUGGUUUUCUUGUGCUCACUUUAAUCUACCAUUUUAAUUAUUAUUAAUAUCAGUUUAACAAAAUAUUAUUAUAAUUAUAUUUAUAUAUAUAAUUUGAAUUAAACAAAGUUUUUAAACACGACAGUAUUCGUUGAUAAAAUAAAAUCUUUUUGGAUAGCCCAGUGAAUUUCCACAUCUGGUUUUAUUAAUCGAAUAAGUGUCGUUAUUAAUCCAAAAUUGUCUUUAUUAUUGAAUUAAUAAUUUUUAAAACAAUAAUAUUAAUUAAUAAUAAUAAUAACAACAACAACAACAACAUCAUUACGUUUUAUAUAUUUCAAUAAAUAAUAGUGUGAUGAUUAACUACAGUAGUGACUUGUCAACGAGUGUGGAAAAUAACAGAACGCAAAUGCGGAGAAUAACCUGGAACGAUGAAGCGGAAUUCAGUAAUGCGAGUAUCCUAAAUAGCAUGGAGAAAUUUGUAAAAGCAGUUAAUGAAAUGGAUGAAACAAUAUUGGUGCCAUCGAGAUUGCUGGAUCUAGCGGUGGGUGAUGCUGGAGAUACGGUAUGUCAAAAGGGAAAAAGCACUAUAAAGGACACAAUGCCCAAUACCGAUCUAUAUCGUCUUUACACUAUUGUAAACACGCUUAAAGUUGAGCUGCUGUGGUCACAAAAGUCCAGUAUUGAGGCUCAGGACGAAGAGACUGAAGAAGAAGAGACAAAUCGUCGACAAAUAAUUAAAUCUGGAGUUACUAAUGGAGUUUCUUCACCUUCAGUAUCACCACCAACACCAUCGACAAUUACUGGAUCUGAAAAAUCUGUUGAAAGUGCUGCUGUUAGAUUGGGUCACACCCGUUGUCCAAGUACCACUUCAAUGCAGAGUGCAUCUUCUGUUAUUUCGAGUUUGAGCUCUAGCGAUUCCGAUUCUGACAUGGGAGUUGAAAAUGAUUCGGGACUGGAGAGUGAAGAUCAGCCAGACAGAUUGGCUAAUCAAGCUGCUGAAAACUUUCGACGUCAUUUACGUGGUCUCCAUCGCAGUAUCAAGCGUAUGACCCAAGCUGCUGAAUAUCUCGCACUUAGAUAUCAAGCUGAUGUUGGUGGGCCCGUUUAAUUUUAU